AUGCACUCUAUGCAUCCCCCAUCCCCACCAUACACUCUCCUUGAGACCGCGGCGGACCACCCUCAAAGCUCAAAGCCAGCAUCACCACCACCACCACCAUACAACCCAGUACAGAACCAAACCAAAAAAAUGCCACCACCCAACACCCCCGCAUCAUCCGACUCCCCCCCUCCGGGCUCAGUAAAUAUCAACUCCCUCUCCGUUCCGCAACUCCGCGCCCUUCAAACCCGCCUAUCCUCCGAACUCGAACACCUGACGACCUCGCACGCGAAGCUUCGCGCCGCACAACUCAAAUUCAAAGAUUGCGUGCGCUCCAUCAACGAGGGUGUAAUUGGGUCUCAGAAGAAGGGCACCGACGGAAAGGAGGAUAUCCUGGUGCCGUUGACGAGUUCGUUGUAUGUGAAGGGGAAGUUGGCGGAUCGGGAGAAGGUGCUUGUUGACGUUGGGACGGGGUUUUAUGUUGAGAAGACUGCCGCCAAAGCUAUCGAGUUCUACGAAAAUAAGGUCAAGGAGCUGGAGACGAAUCUUACCGAGUUGGAGAAGAUUGUGCAGACGAAGAGUCAGCAGCAGAGGUUGUUUGAGGAUGCUUUGAGACAGAAGUUGCUGGCUGAGGGUGCUGGAUCUGCUGCUACUGCGUCUGCGGGUGCCGGUUGA